UUUGAAGUCCUGUGUAUUUGUAAAGUUGUAUAACAACAAUAGCCAUUGUGUCGAUAUAAGCUACAAGUUGAAGGUUGCGUCUCUGCAAUAUUUUGGGUUAAAAACGGUGUGCCACGCCUCGCACUGACAUACAGUCUACUGCUGCAGGGACGAUCAGAAGUACAGUUGGCAUACAGUUAAUUAGAGUUCACUAAAUCCCCUUGAACACAGUAGAUAUGACUACAUUUUGCGUUGGAAGUGUCAUUGUUCUUGUGGUGUGCGGCUUGUUUUCAUCUGGACAAGCGCAAUUUGACGAGGGUACCGUCCGGUUGAGUCGAGUUAUCAACGGACACAGCGGCUAUGUAGAAAUCUACCAUGACCAGCAGUGGGGGAGGGUGUGUGACACGGAUUGGGAUGACGUAGACGCAGGCGUGGUCUGUAUACAGCUAGGUUACAUUGGGGGAAAUCUCCCCGCUGCGGACUUCUCCGACCCUCCGGAUACUGGGCUCCCCAUCGUCUUGGACGAAGUGAAUUGUCUCGGGGAUGAGACGGUACUAAUUGAAUGUAACAAGGGCGAGUGGGACCACUUCGAAACUGGAUGUAUGACAGCUACAGUGGAGUGUAUCCCACACGAAACCACAAUGUCGAUGGCAGUUUUGACAACAAAAGAAACCAUUCUUCCAGUCGCUACGACCAAACAACCACAAAUGCCCAACAUGCAGUCAACACAAAGCCCACUGCCAGGUACCUCCGAUAAUACCGUUACCUACGUGGUGAUAAGCGUGUUGAGCGUUGCACUAGUCGUCACGAUAGCGGCUAUCAUCGUCUACGCCGUGAGGAAACGCAUGAAACGCGGGCGUGGGCAACGGAACAGCCCCGGCUUAAGCUCCCCGGAAUAUAUGGUAAUUUCUGAACGAAACCAAGCUUUUUUAAGGGUGUCUUAAAAAAACAUUAGUCAGAUUAAA